AUGGAGGGGCCGCAACCCCCAAGAUAUUCCAUGCUAGAAGCCGCUGGCUGGCCCCGAGAUAGCUCGUUUCAAGAUGGUGCCAAGGUCAAAGAUGAUGGCCGGAUUGAAGUUGACCUCGACUCGAAGCUCUGCAAGACAGUCAGCAAACUGAUCCCAAAAGUACACGAGGAACCGAGCGCUCCACUACCGCCACCGAUUCUCUCAUUAGGAGAUACCUGCGAGCUACAACUAAAUAUCGUCAUACAAGUCGUCGGCAGUAGAGGGGAUGUCCAGCCCUUCAUCGCAUUGGGGAAUGAGCUUCAACUCCAUGGUCAUCGUGUGAGGCUAGCAACGCAUGGGGUAUUCAAGAACUUUGUUCUUGAGUCUGGCCUGGAGUUUUAUCCCAUUGGAGGUGAUCCAUCUGAGCUCAUGGCAUAUAUGGUCAAGAACCCCGGUCUUAUUCCGGGGAUGAAAACUUUACGGAGCGGUGAAAUUCAACGCAAGCGUGCAAUGGUUGCCGAGAUGCUUCAAGGCUGUUGGUACUCAUGUAUCAGUGAUGAUCCAUCUACUCAAGUACCCUUUGUGGCCGAUGCGAUUAUUGCUAACCCUCCAAGCUUUGCUCAUAUCCACUGUGCGCAGGCUUUGUCGAUUCCUUUACACCUGAUGUUUACUAUGCCUUGGAGUAGCACUAGGGCUUUCCCACAUCCACUAGCAAAUCUCAAGUACUCCGACACUGAACCGAAAAUGGCUAAUUAUCUUUCAUACGGCAUCGUUGAAUGGAUGACAUGGCAAGGACUUGGGGAUGUUAUUAAUGAGUGGCGUGCUUCGCUUGAUCUCGAACCUAUACCGGCUACUGAAGGACCCUGCUUGACUGAGACACUAAAAGUGCCUUUCACAUAUUGUUGGUCCCCAAGUCUAAUGCCAAAGCCCUUAGACUGGCCAUCAAAUAUCGAUGUCUGCGGCUUCUUCUUCCGGUCUCUCCCGGACUAUACACCGGUUCCCGAACUUGAUUUAUUUCUCCGAAGUGGUAGCAGGCCGGUAUAUAUUGGGUUCGGAAGUAUUGUCAUCGACGACCCAGUGGCUAUGACUCAAAUGGUUCUUCAAGCCGUGAGAGCACUCGGCAUUCGUGCAAUAAUCUCUCGUGGAUGGAGUAAACUUGGAGAUGUAGAAGCAUCAUCCGAUGAUCAAAUUCUCUAUCUAGAUGACUGCCCACACGAGUGGUUAUUCCAACAUGUCGCCGCUGUCGUACAUCACGGUGGUGCUGGAACUACAGCAUGCGGUCUGCGCUUUGGAAAAGCUACUACCAUUAUUCCAUUUUUUGGAGAUCAGCUCUUCUGGGGCAAUAUGGUUGCGUCAUGUGGGCUGGGCCCAAAGCCUAUACCAUAUCAGUCCCUGACCACAGAGAACUUAGCUGAAGCCAUUCGGUUCUGCCUUCAACCAGCUGCUCAGUCUGCAGCCUACAACGUCGCAAACCGAAUGGGUGGUGAAUGUGGUGUUUCCACAGCAGUCGCCUCAUUCCACCGCAACCUACCAGUGAAGGACAUGCAAUGUGAUAUUUUACAUUCAGAGCCUGCCGUUUGGCGGUUGAAGAAGAAAACGAAGAGUCCUAUUCGUUUAUCAAAACUCGCUGCAGAAAUUUUGAUACAACAUCACCGCUUCAAAAUAAGUGACCUUCAACCCUAUGAAACUCGGUCGGUCUUCAUCCAGAAUCGACGAUGGGACCCUGUUACUGGCACUGCCUCAUCGCUUUUAGGCACCAGUACCGACAUCCUCAAAGCAACAGGUGAUAUUGUUUACCGUCCAUACGAAGAGUUUCGUCGUGUUCCAAAAGGUCAAUCUCAGCUUGUGCCACCCGAGACUUCCUGUUCUCGGUCCUCUAGUAUUACCUCAACCACAGACGCAGUUUCUCUGGCCCCUUCAAGCAGAAGCUCUUCGAAGCUGAAAGCCACAGGGGCGGCAAUGGAAGGGUCUGCGAAGAGUCUCGGAAAGGCUGUCGGGUUCUGUUAUAAAGGAAUGCUUAUCGAUAUGCCUUUGGCUGUGACCGAGGGCCUGAGAGCCGUUCCUCGGCUAUAUGGGGACGAGGUCCGAGACCAUGGGGACGUUCGCGGCUGGAAAUCAGGCGCUACGUUUGCAGGGAAAAACUUUGUUCACGGUAUGGUAGAUGGUUUCAGUGAUGUUGUCACACAGCCAUACAAAGGAGGCCAAAAAGAUGGAGCAAAGGGCGUGGCGAUAGGAAUUGCCAAAGGGACUCUCGGGAUGACGACCAAGAUUUCAUCAGCGGCAUUGGGGCUCGUGGCAUAUCCUGCUCAUGGUAUGAUGAAGAGCUUGUAUACCGUCACACAUUCUAAGACUCGCAAACUCGUUAUCCAGGCGCGAAUUCAAGAAGGAAAGUACCUGGUGGAACAUUCAGUCAAGAGUCAAGAGAAUCGCCAGUCUGCUAUUCGAAAGUUCGAGACUGCCUAUCGCAAGCCUGUUGAUGCAGCUAGUUUAUCUUCAGGCUAA